AUGGCGGCGGCGGCCGGGAGCGGGGCUGAGGCGGCGGCGGCCAGGCUGGAGGGGGCGGAGGAAGAGGAGGAGACGGCGGCCGCGGCGGAGGAUGAGGAGGACGGGGAGGAAGAGGGCAACGGGGCUGGCAAGGCAGCGGGCACGGCAGCAGCAGCCGCCGGCGGCGAUGGCGAGAGCGAGGAGGAGGAGGAGCAGGAGCAGGAGGAUGUGUUCGAGGUGGAGAAGAUCCUUGACGUGAAGACCGAGGGGGGUAAAAUUCUCUACAAAGUACGGUGGAAAGGAUAUACCUCUGAUGAUGAUACCUGGGAACCAGAGGUUCAUUUGGAAGACUGCAAAGAAGUGCUGCUUGAAUUCAGAAAAAAAAUUGUGGACAAUAAGCCUAAACCUGUUAAAAAAGACAUACAGAAACUAUCUCUAAAUGAUGAUGUAUUUGAAGCAGAAUCUGACAGUGACUGGCAAAGUGAAACAAAAGAUGAUGUUUCACCAAAGAAGAAGAGGAAGAAGUCAAAAGAUGGAGAGGAUAGAAGUCCAGAUGAUCUGAAGAAGAAAAAGUCUAAGUCUGCAAAACUCAGAGAAAAACCCAGAACAGAAUGUGAAAAUUCCUCAGAUACUUUGGUUUUAGAUUCAAAACCAAAAAAAAGGACUUCAGAAACCAAGGAGGAUUCAAAGGACCCAAAGAAGCAAAGGAAAGAAGAUACUAAAGAAAUCAAGAAAAAGAAGGGAGAAGUUAAAGAUUUAAAAAUAAAAUCUAAAGAAGAUUUUAAAGAAAACAAAAAAUCACGGAAGGAGAAGCAUGGAGAUGUUCAGUUUGACUCAGAAUCAAGUACUCUAGAUGAUGUAUUUUCUCAAGGAACUGAUAAUGAAAAUUCAGACUUAAAUUCUGAAAAUAAAGAUGAGAAGCAAAAGAUAGUAAGUGGAGAAGAGAGAUUGGAACAAGAAACUGCUGAAAAAGAUUCCAUUACUGAUAGGCAUCUUGAUGGAUCAGCAAGUAAUGAAGAUGAUAGUAUUGAUGUUAAGGUUAAACGAAAGAAGAAAAAAAUUCAGAAAGCUGACGAUUAUAAAGAGGAAGGUAGAAAAGUGGAAACUCAAGAUACCUAUUUAGAGAAGAAAAGCAUGCACAAAAAGCAAAAAGGUCAAGAAAAAGUAAAAAUGGUACCAGGAGAGUUGGAGAAAGUGUCACCUGCUCCUUCACCAGUGCAGAAGGGUUUGAAAUUGAGCGCUGAUGAAAGAGGGCUCAAGUCCACUGAUUCAGCUGGGGAGGAGAAAGAAGUAAAGAAAACUGAAACAAAAGAAAAAUCUCAAAAAAAAGAGUCUGAAAAAGAAGAAAAGAGCAGAAAAGAACAAAAGGGCCUAAAAAAUGGCAAGCAACAAGUCUUGAGUUUGGGUAUGGACAUGCAGUUAGAAUGGCUAACACUAGAAGACUUUCAGAAGCAUCUUGAUGGAGAAGAUGAGAAUCAUGUGUCAACAGAACCGAUAUCAAGUACUCUCCUGAGGGAUGCUGUUAAAAGUGGAGAUUAUAUGACAGUAAAGAUGGCACUUUCUUCAAACGAGGAAUAUAAUCUAGAUCAAGAGGACUCAAGUGGAAUGACCCUAGUAAUGCUUGCUGCUGCUGGUGGGCACGAUGACCUUCUCCGAGUCCUAAUCAGGAAAGGAGCUAAAGUUAAUGGUAGACAGAAAAAUGGAACAACUGCAUUGAUACACGCAGCUGAAAAGAAUUUUUUAACAACAGUAGCUAUUCUUCUGGAAGCUGGGGCAUAUGUGAACAUGCAGCAGAGCAGUGGUGAAACUGCUUUAAUGAAGGCUUGUAAAAGAGGGAAUUCUGAUAUAGUGCGGCUUAUGAUUGAAAGCGGAGCAGACUGUAAUAUUUUGUCAAAGCAUCAGAACAGCGCGCUGCAUUUUGCUAAACAAUGUAAUAAUGUACUGGUGUAUGAGCAGCUCAAGAGUCAUUUGGAAACGCUCUCAAGAGUAGCAGAAGAUACCAUCAGGGAUUAUUUUGAAGCUCGUCUUGCUUUGCUGGAGCCAGUCUUUCCAAUUGCCUGUCAUCGUCUCUGUGAAGGGCCAGACUUUUCUACGGAUUUUAACUAUAAACCCCCACAAAAUGUGCCAGAAGGAUCUGGAAUUCUUCUCUUUGUUUUCCAUUCAAAUUUCUUUGGUAAAGAAGUCGUUGCUCGGCUCUGUGGACCAUGCAGUGUACAAGCUGUGGUUUUAAACGACAAAUUCCAGCUCCCUGUAUUUUUGGAUAGUCACUUUAUUUAUUCCUUCAGCCCUACUGCAGGCCUUAACAAGCUUUUUAUACGGUUGGCAGAAGCUCCUACUGCCAAGGUAAAGCUGCUAAUAGGAGCAUACAGAGUGCAGUUGCAGUGACCUCACAGCUGCGAGCAUGUCGAGUGGACUGACACUUUUUUGGAUAUACUUCUGAUUCCUCUGUUUGUUUAGAGACUGACAAAGCAGUUUGGAACUUUUUGGCACCACACUCUUAAGACUAAGUUCCCAUCUCGCUGUCACUCGUUGGCAGUCACGUAGGAAGCGUGUGUUGGAGAGCAGUUGAAUACGCUGCACUGGUGGGACAGGGUUGUCAACUUUUUUUACUUUGUACAGAUGUAGAUGUAAGUAUUUGUGCCAAUACAUAUAAUUCUGUUUUUCUUUAA